GCCAACUCGCUGACAGUUCCGAGUGUGCGGACAGCUCAGGACUCCGGAACUAGUGAGCACCAUGAAAUAAAAACACCAUACAAUUCAACAGUUUUGUAGAAAUCCUGUCAAAGAGUAUGAAGAAAAACAGAGAAAGAUUCGGCAACAGAGAGCGGGAAUUUGUGUAUAAAUUCAAAGUAGGAAGUCAGUGUUUAGAACUGAGGGUGCCACUCCAAUUUCCUGUUCAAGAGAAUGCCAGUCAUUUGCAUGGACGCCUGAUGCUGCUGCACAAUUUACCGUGCUUUAUAGAAAAUGGUUUGAGUUUGUUGCUCAACUGUAUUGAGGAAGUUUAUUCCUUUCUAGAUGGUAUGUCUGCAAUAUGGGUAGUUGCAACCAGACAAGGUAUUGAAAUGGAUAAAGUGAUGCAAGAAUUGGGAAAAUCACUGACAGAUCAAGAUGUAAAUUCACUGGCUGCUCAGCAUUUUGAAUCCCAGCAAGACUUAGAGAAUAAAUGGUCAAAUGAAUUAAAACAAUCAACUGCCAUCCAAAAGCAAGAGUAUCAGGAAUGGGUGAUAAAACUUCAUCAAGACCUAAAAAACCCCAACAACAGCUCCCUCAGUGAGGAAAUUAAAGUUCAGCCAAGUCAGUUCAGAGAAUCUGUAGAAGCAAUUGGAAGGAUUUAUGAGGAACAGAGAAAGUUAGAAGAAAGUUUUACUAUUCACUUAGGAGAGUUUUACAUUACACGGCAUUCUAAUCUCUCAGAAAUCCAUGUUGCUUUCCAUCUUUGUGUGGACGACAAUGUGAAGUCAGGAAACAUCACUGCUCGUGAUCCUGCAAUUAUGGGACUCCGAAAUAUACUCAAAGUUUGCUGUACCCAUGACAUCACUACAAUAAGCAUUCCUCUCUUGCUGGUGCAUGAUAUGUCAGAAGUAAGCAGAUAA